UAUGCGCGCCGUGGGCGGGUGUCGACGUGUUUGUAGAAAAAAAAAGAGCGAGAAAGGCAGAAGGGAGAGCAGCGCUUCAGCGCGUGGAUGCGCGCAGAGGGGUGAUGGUUAGAAGAGAUGUGAGUGGCGUCGGCCUCAGCUCUCCAGAGCUGUAGGCUUUGGCAGGGAGAGGCGUGGCGCACUCUGCCCCCCAAGACCGAAAACCACCUGUAUGGAUGACCAGACCUACAGUGUGAACCAGCAGCCCUCGUCCGCCAGGCAAAGGGGCAGGAACGCGACUGACAGCCGGGGUUAUGCCGAGGUGCAGGAGGGCGUCAUGACGGUGGAAAACAUGCUGGAGGAGUCCGCCGUGCUCUCGGCGCCUCACCUGUCGGUGGAUCGAUACGAGCUCGGCCGCCAGGGAUGCUGCGAGCGGGUGGUGAUCAACAUCUCGGGCUUGCGCUUCGAGACGCAGCUCAAAACUUUCAACCAGUUCCCAGAGACGCUGCUGGGGGACCCGAGGAAAAGGAUGCGCUACUUUGACCCACUGAGGAACGAGUACUUCUUUGACAGGAACAGACCCAGCUUUGAUGCCAUCCUGUACUACUACCAGUCAGGGGGGCGCAUCCGGAGACCCGUUAACGUGCCCAUUGAUAUUUUCUCCGAGGAGAUCCGGUUUUAUCAACUCGGAGAGGAGGCCAUGGAGAAAUUCCGCGAUGAUGAGGGGUUUAUAAAAGAAGAGGAGCGCAUCCUGCCCAAACAUGAGUUCCAGAAGCAGGUUUGGCUUCUGUUUGAGUACCCUGAGAGCUCCGGGCCGGCGAGGGGAAUAGCCAUCGUCUCAGUGCUUGUUAUUUUGAUUUCUAUUGUUAUUUUUUGCAUGGAGACUCUGCCCGAGUUUCGGGACGACAGGGAAGCCACAGUGGCUCCGCCGGUGAACGGCACCGCGCCACAUGCGCACAGCCCCUUCACAGACCCCUUCUUUGUCAUAGAGACUCUGUGCAUCAUCUGGUUCUCCUUCGAGCUGCUGGUCAGGUUCUUCGCCUGUCCAAGCAAAACUACCUUCUCCAAAAACAUCAUGAAUAUCAUUGACAUCGUCGCCAUCAUCCCCUACUUUAUCACUUUGGGGACCGAGCUGGCCGAGAGGGAGACCAACAGCAGCCAGCAGGCGAUGUCCCUCGCCAUCCUGAGGGUGAUCAGGCUGGUGAGGGUCUUUCGCAUUUUUAAGCUGUCACGACACUCAAAGGGACUUCAGAUACUUGGACAGACCCUCAAGGCCAGCAUGAGGGAGCUCGGCUUGCUCAUAUUUUUCCUUUUCAUCGGAGUUAUUCUCUUCUCCAGCGCGGUUUACUUUGCAGAAGCGGACGACCCCCGGUCCAGUUUCACCAGCAUCCCAGAUGCGUUUUGGUGGGCAGUGGUCACCAUGACCACGGUCGGAUACGGAGACAUGCAUCCGGUGACCAUAGGUGGGAAAAUAGUGGGGUCGCUGUGCGCAAUAGCAGGCGUGCUGACCAUUGCCUUACCCGUGCCAGUGAUUGUGUCCAAUUUCAACUACUUCUACCACAGGGAGACGGACGGGGAGGAGACCCCACAGUACGUGCACACGGGCAGCUGCGAGCACCUCCCCUCGGAGGAGCUGAGGAGGUCGUGCAGCUCCUCGUCCCUCAGCAAGUCCGAGUACAUGGUGAUCGAGGAGGGCAUCAACAGCGCGUUCAAGCAGCCCAACUUCACCACCGAGAACAACCAGAACUGCGUGAACAUCAAAAAGAUCUUCACGGACGUGUAAAUGAACUCCAGAGCGGAUCAUGAGUGGAGCAUGAAGACAUAGUAGCUAUGAUAUUAUUUUUGAUAUAUAGCCAAUCGUAAACGUGUCAGUCCAUAUCCGUGGACGAGCGCUGCGUAAAUGUCCGUCUUAACAAGUCACUGACGCAACAGGGGAACGUGACUCUGGUUCUCUGUGUGUUUUGAGUAUUUCUCAGAGAUGAAGAAGUAUUAAUGAGGAAAAAAAAAUUGCAUUUAAAGUCCUGGCUUGUUAAAACAGACAUUCUCGCAGGGUGGAGCGCCACUCGAUGCCCACAUAUCUUGAUGUUUAAUGCGAAAGUUGUUGAUGAUUGGGAAACACGUGUAGCGUAGUCGACUGUACUGCAUCUACCCGCCGACGUCUUUGUGCUUCGUGGAGAGAAAAAAAAAACAGUUUCAUUGUCCAGUAAUGUAAUGAAUAGACUAUGGUAAUCUAUAUAGCCGAAUGCCUGUUUUUAGGUUAUAUUCAAUAUCAUAACCUGUCGAGAUGUUGGACUCUGAGUUCUUGUUCAGAUUAAUAUUCAGGUAAUAGCACGCUGAGUGGUGUAGAUGGAACACGCUUAUCAUGAACCUAUGAGUCGAGCUUUUUUUUUUCGUAAAAUUGUAUUUUUAUUCAGAACUGCCUAUAUAGCCUAUAUUAAAUA